UGGAUGUGGCGUAUAGCUUCACUGGAUAGCAAGUCAUCCUGAGUUACACACUCCAGUACAGUAGGUGGCGAUAUGCACAUUUCAAGUGGGUUGAAAGAGAAGAAAAGGAACAAGCUUUAUUGGACAGAAGGGGAACAUGUACGAAAUUUAAAUGACGAUACAUUCAGUAGCAAAUGCACUCAGGGUUUUAUGAUUCGAGAUGGAAAAAACAAAUGACGCAGCUAAAAAAGAUGUUGCAUACAAAACACCCUCAGAGCUGAAGUUUGAGCAGACUGGCUCUCCCGGACCUGGACGCAAGAAAACUGGUGUGGGGAAGAGAACAGAUGGAGCCAAGCAGAGUGCAGCUAAAAAUGCCCCAAGCAGUAUGAAGGAGAACGAAAAUCCAGAACGAUUGACAAAAACUACUGCAGAAAAUCCUAUUGCACCAUUUUACCAGAGAAGUAAACUCAACAACAUCAGCUUGAGAAAUGAAAACGUUCAGAAGAGCAGAGUGUUCAGAAAUGCUUUGGCACCAGUUAACUCGGGACUCAAUAAUACCACUGCGACAAAGAAUGAUGCUAUGGUGGGAGCAGCCAAGCCUGUAAAUUAUGAGAAAUGUGCCAGAAAGGUUCCAGAGCUGUCUUUGAACCCAGCUGUGUCUGAUGAUGGUGCGCCAGCCUUGAUGUCCACACCACCACACCAUGCACUGGAGAUCCUUGAUGCAAAAAGUGUGGAAGUAACUACAAGUGAUUUUGUGGUUUUCGUCAACUCAUCAGACCUCCCCCCGGAUCAGGACGUAACGAUUUCUGAUGAAUCCAGUAACGGAAGCAGUCCCAGUGACAACGCAUCAAUGCAAUCAGAAUUCUCAAGGUUUAAAUCAGACUUUCACUCAAUAGAGCCCCUUGGCCAAGGAGGCUUUGGUCGAGUUUUCAAGGCGACAAAAAAACUGCUGGACAAGUGUUUUGCUGUGAAGAUUGUUCGCUGUCGAAAAGGAGCUCUACGGGAGGUGAAGGCAUUAUCAGACCUUCAUCACUGCAAUAUUGUUCGGUACUACACAUGUUGGUUGGAGGAAUCAGGAUACAAAUCGAACAGUGCAGCUAGCAGUUCCGGCAGUUCCAGCAGUUCACAGUCAACUGAUGAUUCGCUGCUGAAAUACCUCUAUAUUCAGAUGGAGCUGUGCAGCACCAAAACACUUAGAGUGUGGAUAGAUGAGAAAAAUAUUCAGAAUGUGAGGAAAUCUCUGCGAGACUCAAAGAGGAGAGAAGAAAGUCUAACUAUUAUCAUUCAGAUAGUCACUGGAGUCGAGUACAUUCACUCCAAGAUGCUCAUCCACAGAGACCUGAAGCCUGAAAACAUCAUGUUUGGGCAAGAUGGACAAGUGAAGAUCGGAGACUUUGGUCUGGUCACUGCUGAGAAUGAUGACGGUGCUGAGAGCCUGAUGGAGAGGACGGCGUACAAAGGAACCCCAUCUUACAUGGCUCCUGAGCAGGGAUUGAAGUCUGGGAUGCAGCAACAUCCCAUAGGCCCAUUCAUCCCUCCAGUAUGCUGCAUGCACGUUUCUCAGAAAAGCCAGAAGAUCUACAAUCAAAAAGUUGACAUAUUUGCUUUGGGUCUGAUAUUCUUUGAGCUUUUUUGGAAGGCUUCCACUCAGCAUGAAUGGCAAGAAGUUUGGAAUAAUGUCAGAAGCCAGAAAUUUCCCCAUGGAUUUUCACACAGUUUUCUCCAAGAGUACACCUUAAUAAAGCCAAUGCUGUGUGAGGAACCGGAAGAACGACCCGAAGCAAGAAAGCUCAAGAAAGACUUCGGAGUUUGCAGUCAGGAAAAAGUGCGACACGCCAGCCGGUCAUACUAAUCAUCAAAAAAGCAAAAAGUCAGAAAUGAUUGCUGUCCCAUUUUUUGAUCAUAUUCCGUGAAUGACAUUGGUUUUAGUAUCUACACACAAUUUUUAAAAUUUCAUCAGCUUUGCAUAUUUGAAUCAGACGCCUUUAUUGUCGAAAUUGUAAUAGUAAUAAUUACAAUUGUAAUUCUAAUAAUAAUAUUGUAAAAAAUUGUGUUAUUCUAAAUCUGCAUUUAAGUAUGUAAAAGACAAGACAAGAUAACUUCCCAUUUUUACAAGCAAAGGACUUUACAUAACAUCAUAGCAACAUCCUCUGCCCUUAGACC